GCGAGUUCGGUGCAGAAACACCGCGAUCUGAUUGGUUGCUCGCGUGUUUCUUUGUACACGGAAACUAGUGAAGUCAUGGAGAUUAAAAACAACUCAAUAAUGUCGAGGGAUUGGGGCGAAGGGGACAAGGAAGAAGAAUAUGAAGACGAAGCAGAGGACGAAGAAAUGGAGCACGAGUCUCGGGAUGGAUAUUAUAACACAGCUGGGUUUGCAUUUGAAAGAGCAGGUGUUCUGUUUGGCGACCAUAGCAAAGAAGCAGAAGAAGACGAGGCGUCCAGGGCCGGUUCAGUCGGCGCUGUUGUCGUUCGCUUGGUAAACGAGGAGGAAUCGGAUGAUGAAGACGAGCAUACCAUCCCUCUGUCUGAAAUGUCGCCAUUUAUUCGAUGUACAAUCUGCACCGGCUACUUUAUUGAUGCUACAACCAUCACCGAGUGUUUACACACAUUUUGUAGAAGCUGUAUUGUGAAGCACUUCUUCUAUAGCAACAGAUGCCCAAAAUGCAAUGUUGUCGUCCAUCAGACCCAGCCUCUCUACAACAUCAGGUUGGAUCGUCAGUUGCAAGAUUUAGUUUAUAAGCUGGUUCCACAUCUGGAACAAAAUGAAAAAAGGCAGCUACAUGAGUUCUAUAAAGAAAGAGGGCUUGAAGUUCCAAAACCAGUAGCUCCUCAGCCCGCCACAGCUGUGAAAGCCAGUAAGCAGAAGAAGGGUCUACUUGCGCAGUCUGUGUUCACAAUCCCUCCUGAACUGGAUGUUUCCCUGGUCCUCGAGUUUGUUGGUGCUGAAGAAGGUAUUGCCACCUACAAGCCCUUGGAGAGGAAGUAUGUGCAAGUCUCUGGAGAAGCAACGAUCUGGCAUGUGGAAAUGUUCAUCAGAAGGAAAAUGGAGCUGACUCCAGGCUGUCAGGUGGAUCUUGUCUGUGGUGACCAUCUUCUUGAGAGGUACCAGUCAUUGAGAGAAGUUCAAAGUACCAUUGGAGAGAGUGCUAUCCAGGUUGGUAUUGGGUGUGCAUACAGUAUUGAAAGUAAUUCACAAGGUCAUGUGGGUGUUGAAAAUAUAGCCGGAUUAACGCAGGAAAAUCUUAAAAUUUUUAACUGUGGGUUUAACAAUGUUAUCCUUAGUCCUACUACAAUGUACAGGAGUAGAAAUGUGUAAUAGUACUUAGAGUGAGGCUAAUACAUUCUAAAACAUUACUUGCACUUAAAUGCACAAGUUCCUCAAAGGUGAUUUUACAUAUUGUUAACAGUGACAUCACUUUUCAAGAUGAUUUUACACAUCAUUAACAAUGACGUAAUUUUCUUUACCCAUUGUUGAAAAGCUGUAUACUCCUUUUCAUUUGUAUUAAAUCAGCUGGGAGACCAUUUAAUUACUCCAUCCUAGUGCUGUUGCAUACAUACACACAUGCAUAAACACAAUGGUUUAAGCUAUUGUGUUGCACACCAGAUAGCAUGUGUAUAAGCAGACUGACCUUGGAAACAGAUGGUGUGAGCCCACUGGUGCAUUGUCAGCUCUUUCUGAUUGAUAACUUGCUGCAGUAUUUGUCCGCUUCACCAUUACAAGCACACAACCUGAAUGUAAUAGCUUUCCUUCUGACGUUGACUCCAGUACAUUAUGUGAGGACAUUGCUUUAUUGGUGCGCAAGCUAUAAACAAUGGGUGGGGGCUUGACAUUGAUCUAUAUUGUAAAGUUAUCAAGCUUUAGUUUUGGAACUAAAAUCAACUUUUUUCAUGCCAGUGUAGGUGGCUUAUUCAUAUUUGGUCCACUGUGUGAUAUGCUGAAAUGCUGCUUCAGGAAAAUUCAAAGUAAUUCAGAAUUUGGGGUUGAGUUUUUUAUUUAUUUUUUUCUUGAUGGCCAGGUAGCAGCUGCUUUUGCAUGAAACAGCAAUCUGAGAAAAUUGGCAUUUCCCAGGCAACGGUCUCGUGGGUUUACUUUCUUUGCAUGCGUGAGAGAGCAACUUGAAGGAGCAUUAGGAUCAGCUAACAUUUUUGUUUUUCAUGUUCUACAUUUUUUAAUGCAACUGUUCAUUUUAACAAUUUUUUUACACAACA